AUUUGCAAUUUUAAUGAAUUUGCUCGCGCAUUUUUACUAGUUUUUUCCGCCGUCUUUGCUUGUUUGUGGAAGCCGCAUAAAAAAAUCUAUAAAGUUUUGCUAAAAAUUAUUGCAAAUAACAAAUUAAUUUCUGAAAUUUAAGAAUUAUAUAAAUAAAUACAAUUCUUAUAAACAGUGUUUUGUGCCAAUAGAUAAAUUACUAAACAAACAUAAAAAACAAAUAGCAAAAAACAAAAACUUGCAAGAAAAAUAUAUAAAAAAAAAUCUAAAUUCUAGACACAGAAGACAUUAUCAAAGAAUUAAACUUUAAACAAGAAAAGUGAAUAAAGGUGUUUUUUGUUAAACAUAUUUCUCACAAAAGAAAACUAGAAAAACUAUAACAAAACAAAUCUUCAACUAGAAAGACCACUUGUUUUUAAUUCAUUAUGACAAAAAGAAUGAAAAUGAAACGUGAUAAUCAUGAUGAUGGUCCCCAUUCCGAUAAACGUAGCCGUCGUAAUGACGACCAAGUUCGUGUUUUAAUACCCAGUAAUAUUGCCGGUGCUAUAAUAGGCAAAGGAGGACAGCAUAUACAAAAAAUGCGCACACAGUAUAAAGCCACUGUGUCUGUCGACGAUUCCCAAGGCCCUGAACGUACUAUAUUAAUAUCGGCCGAAUUAGAUGCCACCAUAUCGAUUAUAACCGAAAUGCUGAAAUACUAUGAAGAGCGCGAUAAUGAAUACGAUGUACGUUUAUUGAUUCAUCAAAGUUUGGCUGGUUGUAUUAUUGGCAAAGGUGGUCAAAAAAUUAAAGAAAUUCGUGAUAAAAUUGGCUGCCGUAUACUAAAAGUAUUUUCAAAUGUUGCACCCCAAAGUACAGACCGAGUGGUCCAGACGGUGGGCAAACAAAGUGAAGUUAUUGAUGCCAUACGUGAAGUUAUAACGCUGACAAGAGAGACACCCAUUAAGGGUCCCGUACACAAUUAUGAUCCCUUAAAUUAUGAUCGCAUAUAUGCCGAUGAAUAUGGCGGUUAUGGCAAUAUACCCGGCAGUAGUCGUCCCUCAAGAGAUGGUCGUCGUGGAGGCGAUAGAGGUGGUGAUUAUGGCCGCAGUGGUGGACGUAAUGAUCGCAGCCGUAGUGGAGGCCGUAGUCGGGAUAAUAAUCCCUUUAUAAAUCCCUGGGCCAAUGAUGAUGGUGGUUUUGGCGGUAAUGGAGGUGGUAAUGGCGGAUUUGGUGGUGGUAAUUUUGGUGGAGGCGGUAGUGGUUUUGGCGGUGGUAACUUUGGUGGUGGCAAUAAUGGUGGUUUUGGUGGCAAUGGUCCCAUGGGUGGCAAUAACUUUGGCAACAAUGGCGGUUUUGGUGGCAAUCAAGGUGGAGGCGGUGGUUUUGGUAAUAAUGGUUUUGGAGGCGGUUUUGGUGGUGCUGGUAAUCAAGGUGGUUUUGGUGGCAACAUGAAUCAGGGAGGUUUCGGUGGUCCCUCUAACAUGGGCAAUGGCAUGGGUGGUCCUUCGGGGUCCUCCGGCUUUGGUCCCUCGAAUAAUGUUCCCAAUAACAUCACCGGCAAUCUACCCGAAGGUCAUGAUCCCAAAAACAGCACACAAGUUUCCAUACCUAAAGAUUUGGCUGGUGCUAUCAUUGGCAAGGGUGGCGGCCGCAUUAGACGCAUACGCAAUGAGUCCGGUGCUUAUAUAACCAUUGAUGAACCCUUGCCCGGUUCCUCUGAUCGCAUUAUUACCAUCUCCGGUAAUCCCAAGCAAAUACAAAUGGCCCAAUAUUUGCUGCAACAGAGGUUGGUGUCAAACAAAGCCUAAAAUGUCCACGAUAACCAACGUAAACAUUUUUAAAACAAGCUAUUCCUUAAUAAUAAUAAUAACAACAACAAGAACAACAUCUUUAUAGUUAAGUAAGCUCCACCAAAAUAUCCAACUCCUCCUGUAUGUCAAAGGGCCAAUCAACACAAAAGAAAGAGAGAGCCCUGUUAAAAAGAUUGAGUUAGUUUUAUUAUAAAACUACUAGCAGCAGAAAUUAAGAAAUGUAUACAAAAAUAAUUUGUAUAAUUCUAACAUAAGAAUAAUAAUAUAAUAAAUAUAAAACAAACAAAUACAUAAUUAUAAUACAACAACAACACCACAUUUUAAGUAUAAAUUCUAAACAAUUGUUUUCUCCCAAAUAUUAUUACAUACAUAUUUCUUUUCUUCUUUCCUUAUUUAUGUUUAAGUUAAUUUUAUUUUUAAAACAUAAUAAUAUGGAGAAUUCAUUAUACAUAUUUCAAUGAUAAUUGAAAUAAUUAUAUGUUUUUGCUAAGUUAAUUGGCAUGAAAAAAGAAAAAAACAAAUUAUACUUAGUUUCUUUCAUUCUUUAAUUAUAUUUUUAAUAUAAAAUGUAUUUUUUUUAAUGUAUAAUUUUCUAAACAAACAAACAAAAUAAAUAAACGACAAAUACAAGCCCACCAUCAACAAAAAAAAGGCGCUUUUCUUUUUAUUGAUUCUUUUUUUUUUCACUUAUAAAUAAGUUUGUUUCAUUUGUAGAAACAUUUACUUUAUUUGUAUUUUUUUGUUUUGUGUAAAAUAAUUAUUAACAUAACAAAGCAAAACAAUGGAAAUUAAAAAAAAGGAGCGCCUUCAAAUAUACCAAAAUAUAAAGUAUACAAACAAACUAACAUCCAUUUUAUUAAAUUUUAUUAAUAAAUACUUUAACAUUUACUUCAACAAACAGUCGUUAAUCAAGUCAACUAAUUCUUAAUUAAAACACAGAAGAACAACAUGGAAAAACAAAAACUAAUUUAAGUUUUUAGUCUUUAUUCAUUUAAGUUUAUACUAAAACUGAUAAUUUUGUUUUUUGACCAAAAAUUACCCAAAAUUAUUAUUUAAAAAUUUUUCUGCAUGAAAAGAAUAAACGAAAUUUAUUAUGAAAAACAAAUAAAAUUCAAAAUAUAUUCUAAUUAAUUUUUAUAUUUUUUUGGUAAAGUUUAAUUAUGUAAGUUAACAUUUUCAAACGUUUGACUUUAUUGUAAACAUAUAAAUUAAAUGAACAAAAAUAAAGUAAAAUAAAAAGAAAAUU